CUGUCAUUAAAAUCAUCUGUGCUAAAUUUCUAAAGUAACCUCAAAAUAUAAAUAAACCGAGCUUAAAUAAUACAUUACAAGUGAAUAUUUAGCAUUAAACAUAAAAAAAUAUAAUAAUUUAAAUAAAAUUCAAUCAAUUGUGCGUGCGUUUUGUGAUUUAUAUUGUGUUACUCACUAAAUAUUCUUCUUGUGAAACAUUUGGCAAUGACAUAGUCAUGUAUCGACAAUUAUUUGCCUCAUCUCCAGUGCCAUAUAAAUUAAUUCACAACAGUUUGAAGAAUUUUACUCUUUUAAAAGACACAGUAAGCCACAAACAAACUAUCCAAGGAUGUAGAAAUUUUGGAAUACACCUUAACAAAUCUAAAACCAACCAAUUAGUCAAAGAAUAUGCGGCGGUUUGUUCCCUGAUAAGGCGUUCAGGCUUAAAUGACAUCAGUAAACUUCCCAAAUACUUAUCAGUGAGAGAUUUCCAUUCAUCUCCACAAAAAUAUCAACAGCCCAACAAUCAGAAUCCCAAUUCUGAUAAGAAACCAAAAAAGGAUGAAGAUGAAGACAAUAAAUUAUCUUCUCUAUUAGCAAAGGCUUUUCUAUGGAUGUUAUCAGCUUAUAUGGUUAUUGCAGUGAUUUCCUUACUGUUUCCUAGCAGUAAUCAACCAGAAGUUGUAAGAUAUGUGUCCUGGAAUGAGUUUUUAUACCAAAUGUUAGCAAAAGGUGAAGUAGAGGAGAUAAUAGUCCGCCCUGAUGUGGAAAUCGUCACCAUUAUUCUGCAGGAAGGUGCAAUAAUCAAAGGGAAAAAAGUUGAGCACCGCACGUAUCACAUGAAUGUAGUUGACAUUCAUAAAUUCGAGGAUAAACUACGCCAGGCUGAGCGUAGAUUGGGAAUCCGCGAUGGUGUACCCAUCACUUUCGAACGUGGUGGCGAUACUGCAGGAAAACUCUUGAUAUCUUUGCUUCUGGUUGGCAUAAUUGUAUCAAUUUUGGCGAGAAGUCGAAGUAUUAGACCACCAAUUAGUAUGGAUACGUUUACACAAAUGGGUCGUGCUAAAUUUACUCUCAUUGAUCCUCUGACAGGACCAGGAAAAGGUGUUAAAUUUGCAGAUGUUGCUGGCUUGCAUGAAGCCAAACAAGAAGUAAUCGAGUUUGUUGAUUAUCUCAAACGUCCUGAGCAUUACAAGGCUCUCGGAGCGAAAGUUCCACGUGGUGCGUUAUUAUUGGGCCCACCUGGAUGCGGUAAGACACUUUUGGCCAAAGCGGUUGCCACCGAAGCGAAUGUUCCGUUUUUAUCCAUGGCUGGAUCGGAAUUUAUCGAAAUGAUUGGCGGAUUAGGCGCUGCUCGUGUUAGAGAUCUAUUCAAAGAGGCUAGAAAGCGAGCACCCUGUAUAAUCUACAUUGAUGAAAUUGAUGCUGUGGGUAGGAAGAGAAGUGGCGAGGGUGGUAUGCCUGGUGGAGGUACAGGCGAGAGUGAGCAGACACUGAAUCAACUUUUAGUUGAAAUGGACGGUAUGAUUAGUAAAGAAAACAUUAUUAUGUUGGCAUCGACGAAUAGAGCGGACAUUUUGGACAGAGCGUUAUUACGUCCUGGACGUUUCGAUCGUCAUAUUUUAAUCGACUUACCGGAUCUUGAUGAGCGCAAGCAAAUUUUUGAACAACACAUGAAGGGAAUUGCUUUGGAACAUCCAGCGUCGAAUUACUCACAGAAUUUGGCAUAUCUAACGCCUGGUUUUAGUGGUGCUGAUAUUGCGAAUGUUUGCAACGAGGCGGCGCUGCAUGCGGCGCGCUACAAAAAGAAAAAAGUACUUAGAGCUGACUUGGAAUACGCUGUAGAGCGUUUAGUUGGUGGAACUGAAAAGCGCAAUCAUGCAAUGUCUCCGCAGGAUAAACGAGUUGUGGCUUAUCAUGAAUCGGGCCAUGCUUUGGUUGGCUGGAUGUUGGAACACACGGAUGCCUUAUUGAAAGUUACUAUUGUUCCCAGAACUAAUUUAGCGCUGGGUUUCGCACAGUAUAUUCCUAAGAAUCAGAAACUGUACUCUAAGGAAGAGUUAUUUGAAAGGAUGUGCAUGACUUUGGGCGGUAGAGUAGCUGAAUCAUUGACUUUCAAUAAAAUUACAACUGGCGCACAGAAUGACCUCGAGAAGGUCACCAAAAUGGCGUAUGCACAAGUCAAAGAGUACGGAAUGACAGACACAGUUGGUUUGCUGUGUUUUCCUGAAGAGGAAAUCAAAGAACGUGGCAGUCGACCAUUCAGUAAACGGCUGGCUUCUACUAUUGAUCAAGAAGCAAGGCAGUUAAUUGUUAAUGCAUAUAAAAGAACCGAAGAGGUUUUAAAUGAGAAUAAGGAUAAACUUCAACUGUUAGCAGAAACUUUACUUAAAAAGGAAUCUUUGAACUACGACGACGUUGAAAAGUUAAUAGGUCCGCCCCCGCAUGGCAAAAAGAGACUUAUUGAACCAGCAGAGUUUGAAAAGUUGAUUAGCGAAGGUGCCGCACAAGAUGAUAAAACAAAACCAGCUGGAAAUGAUGUCAACUCAUCGACGACAACCUAAAACGACGCGAUUUUUUGUUAGAAUUUUGUUAACUUAGAUGAAUUAAAAUUAUUUAAAUUUAAAA